AUGGCCGUCCAUCUUUCCGCGUCGGCAGUAGCGCUGGCACCACCUCCCUCCUCCGCCACUUCCUCCCCCUUCCCGCGCACGCCUGCAUCCGUUCCGCACAAUCCCGCCCCUCAUCCGCGCUUACCCGCGCGUUCCCUGCAUCCGUCCGACAAGAUCGCCGCUCUCCGCCGCUGCCGGUCGUUCUCCUUCCCCGUGCCAGCUUCCGCGCCCCCGUCCCGCGCUGGUAGCCGCUGUUGCGCCGCGCAUGGAUCCGCGGAAGGAGGCCCAGGGGAAGCUGGGGUGGAGAUACAGCGAGCGGAAGGGGGGGUAACACCUAGAGCAGAAGGGGAAGCUGGGACGGGAACACAAGGAGCGGAAGGGGCACCUGGGGUGAGUACUCAAGGAGCGGAAGGGGAGCAACAGGGAGAGGAACGGCGGCCACCAAGCGGAGAAGAAGAUAGACCCGCCGAAGCUGCUGAUCUCUACCUGUCACGUGAUCGGGGUGUGGUGAAGAGGAGCACGUGCGAGGGAGCAGGUGGAGGACAGCAACCGCUGCUCCAGCGCGCACGUCCUCCUUCAACCCGUCCGUUUCCUUCACUGGAGCAGCUCGUAGCAGCGCUGGAGCAGCUGGCGCAGAGGUUCCGUGUGAUGUCAGACGGUGAACUGGUGGGGUUCUUCCAGCAGCUGCUCACUGCUGCGCGCCACACAGGGGUGGAGGGCGGGCAGCAGCAAAACGGGCAGCAGCAGCAGCUGGGCGGGCAGCAGGGACAGCAGGGAGCAGCAGCAGGGUUUCCCCAAGGGAAGCACCAGGAGUCAGCAGAUUCAGAUGGGCUUCCCUCGUCCGGAAACCCUGUCUUUGGUGUUUCAAACAUACCCUCUCCCCCUCCUCCUCCUCCUCCUCCUCCUCCUCCUCCUCCUCCUCCUCCUCCUCCUCCUCCUCCUCCUCCUCCUCCUCCUCCUCCUCCUCCUCCUCCUCCUCCUCCUCCUCCUCUUCUCGAGCCACCCUUACAGGGGGAGGUAGGGGUUGAGAUGAGAGUGGAAGGGAUUGAGAGCACAGAGGAAGGGUUAGGAAUUGGCGGAGUGAGCUCAAGCCAAAUAGGGGAGAGGCCACUAGGGGAUGCUACUGUGCAAGCACGUAUGGAGGGUCAGAAUCGGAUAGGGGAGGACGGGGAUGGGAGGGGAGACGAUGGGAUGUUGAGCGGAAUUGAGAACCAAGGUCUGCAGCUUUUCUCUGCGGUUCAGGGUCAGAUGGAAUGGUUCCAGGGUCAAGUAGAGCGGUUGCAGCAGCAGAUAGAGCGGUUUCAGCAGCAGGACACCCCGCUUGGGAUAAAAGCAGGGAAGGUGGUGGCGGCAGCGGCGGCUGUGGGGUUUACAGCAGCAGCUGGAGUGGUGGCUUUAAGGGUUCCGGAUGGGUGGGAGGAGGAGAUGGGGGAUGGGAGUUGGAAGAGGGAGAAAGAAGUGGUUGAGAAGGGUGGAAGCUGGAUGGUUGGGAGUGGGAGUGCAGGGAAGGGAGAUGAGGUGGAGGGGAGUGAGGGGAGGGAUGGAAGAGAAGAGAAGAAGGAGGAUAAGGACGAGAAGCUGUUGCUGCAGCAGAAGCAAGAGGUAGAGCAAAGGCUGGAGCAGCGAAAGGAGAAGGAGAAGGAUCAGGAGGAGCAGGAUAAGGGACAGGAGCAGGAGCGGAGAGGGGAAGGUGGGAGGGAGAGAGGGGGAGCAGUUAGGGGAGCAGAGGUGGGGGUUAUUGUGGACACAGAGGAGUGUGGUGUUCCUGGGGGGAGGAGGAAGGGCGUGACAGGGGAGUUGGAAGGGAGUGAAGGGGCUGGUGAGGGGUGGAGAGGGGUGCGGAGGAGGAGGUGGGUGGGGUUGUUGGGUGGGGAUGAGGAGGACGAGGAGGGAGGGUGGGAGGAGAGAGGGGUGGCAAGGGGGUAUGAUGAUAACUUAUCUGAGGGAGAGGAGGAGGGUCCGGUUCGACGAGUGGUGGCUGGUGCUGCUGCUGGUGCUGGUAGUGCUGCUGUUGCUGCUGAUGAUAGUGCUAGUGCUGCUGCUGAUGCUGCGAGUGCUGGUAGUGUUGCUGAUGCUACUAGUGGCGCUAAUGGUGGAAUUGGUGCUGCACGUGAUUCUGCUCCUAGUGCUGCUGCUGUGGCUGCUGCUGCUGGUGGUGCUGCUGCUGCUGCUGCUGUCAAUGCAGCAGGUGAUGCUGCAGGCAAAAGUAUAGCAGAGGCUGCAGGCUAUGCAACUGAAGUAACAGGAGCAGGCUCUUCAGCCGCUGAAACCACGUCAGAUAUCAGCUCUUCAGCAGGCUCGAGCACUCCUUUGAUGCUGCCAGCGACAGGUAGUGGUUCUGACAUUGCCCUGGCUCUUCCACCCAGUGGUUCUGAGGCAUCCAGUGCGGUUGCUGGUUCUUGGAGUGAUUUGGUGGUGCCUAAAAACACACACAAGGGGAUGGGCGAGGGAGAGAGGUCUGCGCCUGCACACAUGUACAAGGGGGGGGAUGAGAAGGGAGAAAGUGAGGGAGAAGGGACGGGAGAAGGUGAGGGAGUAGGGAGGGGAGUGGGUGAGGGAGAAGCGAAGGGAGAAGAAGGGAAGAGAGAAGAAAGGAAGGGAGAGGGUGAGGGAGAAGGAUCAAGGGAGGGAGUUCGGUUAGAUGAGGGGAGAGAGUUGAAUGAGGAGGGGAGCGUGGAAGAUACUUUGGAUGGAAGAGAAGAGGAUGCGAAAUCAGGAGAAGGGAGAGAGUCGGGGAGGGAAUACAAUGACACAGUGGAUACUGCAAUCGAGAUACGCCACGACCCAAAGAAGCAGGAGAGAGGGCUCUGGCAGGAAACAGGGCUGUAUCAGGAGAAAGUACAGCAGCAGAAGGCAGGGCUGCAGUAG